ACAGAGAAUUUGCUCCUCUCUCCCUCUUGCUCCCGCCUCUAACAUAACCCCCUCAGUCUGCCUAAGACGCAGGCGCAUCUCUUAAAGCCUGGUCCGUACCCACCUCUCCUUUCUCUUUAUUUCGUUCUCCCUCCUCUUCUUGCACCUCCGCAGGUUCAAACUCUUGUUGGGGAGAGUGGCGGCGAUCGCGAGGUCACGUGAUGAGCAUCCUGCUGCCCAACAUGGCGGAGUUCGACACCAUCUCGGAACUGGAGGAGGAGGAAGAAGCAGCAACGUCGUCGUCGCCGCCGUCGUCGUCGUCGUCGGUAUCUGGGCCGGACGAUGACGAGGAAGAUGAGGAGGAGGAGGAAGAGGAGGAGGAGGAGGACGAAGAAGAAGGGAUAGAGGAGGAGGCGCCGCCCCCACCUCGGGUAGUGAGCGAGGAGCAUCUGCGGAGAUAUGCCCCCGACCCUGUAUUGGUGCGGGGCGCAGGUCAUAUCACUGUGUUUGGCUUGAGCAACAAGUUUGAUACUGAAUUUCCCUCAGUUCUAACAGGGAAGGUAGCUCCAGAAGAAUUUAAGACCAGCAUUGGCCGUGUGAAUGCAUGUUUGAAAAAGGCUCUCCCAGUCAAUGUGAAAUGGCUGCUGUGUGGAUGUCUCUGCUGCUGUUGCACACUGGGUUGCAGCCUGUGGCCUGUUAUUUGUCUCAACAAAAGAACCAGAAGAUCAAUUCAGAAGUUACUAGAAUGGGAAAAUAACAGACUAUAUCACAAGCUUGCUUUGCACUGGAAGUUGACUAAAAGGAAAUGUGAAACUAGCAAUAUGAUGGAGUAUGUAAUACUAAUAGAAGUCUUACCAAAAUAUCCCAUAUUCCGACCUGACUGAGAAGUUUUAUUCAGUUACUUCUAUGUUACCUGUCAUUUCCUACCCUUAGUGCCUUGUAGAUGAUUUUGGAAUGAAGAUGGUCUUCUUUGCUGUAUUCAACUUAUUCUUUAUAAUGAUAGAAUAUUCUCCUCACUCUUCUAUUUGUGUUGGUUUAAGAAAUUUUGCACAUCUUUUUUUUGUUGUUGUUCAAUUAAGCUUGUGUU